GUCUUUCUGUCUGAGUGGAAGGAGCACAAAGUUGCUGUCUCACGGCUCACCAGUCUGGAGAUGAAAGAUGAUUUCCUCCAUGGACUGCAGAUGCUGAAAUCUCUACAAAGCAAACAUGUUGUCACACUGCUUGGCUACUGUGAAGAGGACAGCACAAUUCUUACUGAGUAUCACCCUUUAGGUUCCUUGGGCAACCUGGGAGAAACACUAAACUUUUUGAAGUACCGGAAUGUGAACACGUGGCAGCACAGGCUGCGCCUGGCCAUGGACUACGUCAGCAUCAUUAACUUCCUGCACCACAGCCCCCUGGGCACGCUGGUCAUGUGCGACUCCAGUGAACUGCCCAAGGCGCUGUCCCAGUAUCUGCUAACGAGCAACUUCAGCAUCGUGGCAAAUGACUUGGACGCUUUGCCCCUGGUGAACCGCAGCUCUGGGAUGCUGGUGAAGUGUGGCCACAGGGAACUGCAUGGGGACUUUGUGGCUCCAGAGCAACUGUGGCCCUAUGGAGAGGACGUACCUUUUCGUGACGAUCUCAUGCCCCCAUACGACGAGAAGAUCGACAUCUGGAAGAUUCCAGACAUCUCCAGUUUCCUUCUAGGGCAUGUUGAGGGGAGUGAUAUGGUUCGAUUCCAUUUGUUUGAUAUUCAUAAGGCAUGUAAAAGCCAGACACCUGCAGAAAGACCCACUGCUCAGGACAUUCUGGACACUUAUCAGAAGGUCUUGCACUCACUCAGGGAUACUGUGACAUCUCAGACAAGAGAAAUGCUAUAAAACCAGUCAGUCACUGCAG